AUGCUCGGCCAACAGACAUCGCGACCCCGACUGACCCGGCUGGAGAAGAAGCACCGUUCGUCAAGGUCAAGCGCUUCCUCCAUCUCCUCCAUGGCGUUACCUCCGACCUAUCAAACCGACCUCCUCGAAGCAACCCACCUGCAAGACCUCGAAUUGAUGAUGCAGUGGUGCACCUCAACCUACAAAACGAUGGCCCGCAAUCCAGCCUCGGAAACUCUCUGGCAAACCACCGUCCCGACUCUCUCUCUCCGUCACCCAUCCCUUCGUCAAGGCCUCCUGGCUCUCUCCGCCCUGCACCUCGCCUCCAAAACCUCCUCCUCCCGGCGAUGGCAAUACCUUGAAACAGCCCGCGCCCACCAAUCCCAGGCUCUUGCGGCGCUCUCCAGCACACAACUCGACCUCGAAGCAGACCCCAACGCCACCUUCACAUUAUGCUGCCUCAUGAUUGCAUUCGCGUUCGGCUACUGUCUCAUUGAUGACGAUGACAACGACAAACCUGACGUCCUCCAUGAAUUCUUUGAAGUGCUCCAUUUGACCCGCUGGCUGGUCAGCAUCAUCAUGCCCCUCCUGGACCGUGUCGCCGCUGGUGAUCUCAACUCGCUCAUUCAGCCCGAGGAUCCUCGCCCGACCAUGCCCGACAUGUCUCGGCUCGUGGUGUUGGCGCUGCGUCGUCAGAACGCCCUGGAAACCUUGCGAGAUCCCGCGCACGAGGAACCACUGUAUGAAUCAGCGAUCGAACACCUGAGCACUGCGCUCGAGCAGCUCAUGAAAGGUGGCGAGCCGAAGAUGUUUGCGUUCUGCUGGUGUUUUCGGAUCCCCACAGGAUUUCUGGAGCUACUGGAAGCGCGACGGCCGUUUGCGCUGGUGAUUCUGGCACAUUACGCGGUGGUUCUGCAUCAUCUGAGGGACUCGUGGUGGAUGGGAGAUUGGGGCGCGCAGGUAUUGUCGCGUAUUGGGGACUCGUUGGAGCCGGAGUGGCGGGCGCUUGUUGGGUGGCCGGUCGACGCGACGGGAUGUUUCCUUUCUCCCUGA